AUGCAAUCCCCUCCUCAUGAGGAAGAAUACUCGAUGAAAACUCCAAGUGCAACUUCCGCCCAUCUCCUCUACUCCCCCAGCAGUCACGACACUCCACGCCUCCCACAAACCAUCUCCCAUCGAGGCUACAAGGGGAAAUUCCCAGAGAACACCCUCGCCGCCGUCCAAGGCGCCAUCCAGGCCGGCACUGACGCCCUGGAAAUCGAUCUGCAGCUCUCCCGAGAUGGGGUACUCGUGGUCUCCCAUGAUCCAUCGCUACAGCGAUGCUACGGGAUCAAGAAAAAGAUCGCCGACUGCGACUGGGCGUACUUGAAAACCCUACGCACGCUGCAAGCACCCCAUGAACCUAUGCCCAGACUAGUCGACAUCCUCGAGUAUCUAUGUCAACCAGGGCUAGAGCAUAUCUGGGUCUUACUAGACAUCAAACUAUCCAACGACCCCCCAACAAUAAUGCACCGCAUCGCCCAAACCAUCACCUCCAUCCCAACUCCACCAUCAUCACCUCCCUGGCACACCCGCCUAAUUCUCGGCUGCUGGUCAGCCCAGUACCUGCCCCUACGAGCCAAAUACCUCCCGCAAUACGAAAUGAGCCUAAUAUGCCUAGACCCCCGCUACGCGCGGCAAUUCCUACACACGCCCAACAUCUCCUUCAACGUCAACCAACGCAGCCUGAUGGGCCCGUUUGGAGCAGGUUUCCUCGACGAAGCGCGAGCCGCAAACCGCAAAGUAUUUCUGUGGACGGUCAACGCGCCGAAUCUGAUGCGGUGGGGGAUUCGGCACGGUGUGGAUGGGAUCAUCACGGAUGAUCCGGUUUUGUAUGCGCGGGUUUGCGAGGCGUGGGAGAGGGAGAGGGAGGGGAAGGGUGGGACGGUGGAGUGUCCGGAGUUAGUUGAUGAUCGGUUGAGCGUUGGGCAGAGGGUGCGGAUUUGGGUGACGGCGGUGUUUGUGGUGGUAUUUGGGUGGGUGCUUAAGCGGCGGUAUCGGUAUCCUCAUCCUGUGCCCUAUCCUGUCGAACGGGUGCAGAUUGGGGAUAGGAAGGGUGCGUGA